ACCUGCCCGCCGCCCGGACCCCCGCGUUUUCGCCGAGCCGCAUCACGGGGGCGCGGCGCGGGGGAGCAGGAAGGGGCCUCCCCCGAGACGACGGCGCGGGGGAGCCGACCCGCCGCCUGGAUCAGCGCCCCCGGCCCGGGGAAACGACCUCCAACCCGCGUCCCGGUCCUCCCGCUGUCGGAUGAUCGGGGCUUUUUUGUCUUAAGGGGCCCCCUUCGACCCCCGCCCCCCGCCCCUUGGCUUUUUCUCGCCUCUGGCCUGGGAGGCCCCGCGCCCCCUCCGCACCUCGUCGUUUCCUCGCUGGGCACCGACGCCCCGACCCACCUGCCUCCCGGCCGGGGAUGAGCCACGGUGCCAGCUGCAAGGGCCCGGGCACACGCUGAGCCGGCGCUCCCGCGCACCGGCCCCCCACGACCUCCUCUUUCUCGCCUCCCGGGCUCUCUGCAAAGAGAGAAGACGACGCAGGGGAAGAUGUGGCUGAAGCUUUUCUUCCUGCUUCUCUAUUUUUUGGUCCUGUUCGUCCUGGCCAGGUUCUUUGAAGCCAUUGUGUGGUACGAAACUGGCAUCUUCGCCACUCAGCUGGUGGAUCCCGUGGCUCUGAGCUUCAAGAAGCUGAAGACCAUUCUGGAGUGCCGGGGCCUGGGGUACUCGGGGCUGCCCGAGAAGAAGGAUGUCCGGGAGCUGGUGGAGAAGUCAGGAGAUUUAAUGGAGGGUGAACUGUAUUCUGCACUCAAGGAAGAAGAAGCAUCAGAAUCAGUUUCUAGUACCAAUUUCAGUGGUGAAAUGCACUUCUAUGAGCUUGUAGAAGACACAAAAGAUGGCAUCUGGCUGGUUCAGGUCAUAGCAAAUGACAGAAGUCCCUUGGUGGGUAAAAUCCACUGGGAAAAAAUGGUGAAAAAGGUAUCAAGAUUUGGAAUACGUACUGGCACUUUUAACUGUUCCAGUGACCCCAGAUACUGCCGGAGAAGAGGCUGGGUACGAUCCACACUUAUUAUGUCUGUUCCACAAACAAGUACUUCUAAAGGGAAGGUUAUGCUUAAAGAAUAUAGUGGACGCAAGAUUGAAGUAGAGCACAUUUUUAAGUGGAUAACUGCUCAUGCAGCUUCUCGGAUCAAAACUAUUUAUAAUGCUGAACAUUUGAAACAAGAAUGGAAUAAAAGUGAUCAGUAUUGGGUAAAAAUAUACCUAUUUGCAAACCUUGAUCAACCCCCAGCCUUCUUCUCUGCACUCAGUAUAAAGUUUACUGGAAGAGUUGAAUUUAUUUUUGUUAAUGUGGAAAAUUGGGACAACAAGAGUUAUAUGACAGAUAUUGGUGUAUAUAAUAUGCCAUCAUACAUCCUUAGAACUCCUGAGGGAAUUUACAGAUACGGAAACCACACAGGUGAAUUUAUAUCUCUUCAGGCCAUGGAUUCCUUUUUGCGCUCAUUACAACCUGAAGUAAAUGAUUUGUUUGUUUUGAGCUUGGUUUUAGUUAAUCUUAUGGCUUGGAUGGACUUAUUUAUAACACAAGGAGCCACCAUAAAGCGAUUUGUGGUUCUUAUAAGCACUUUAGGGACAUAUAAUUCUCUGUUAAUUAUUUCCUGGCUACCUGUGUUGGGCUUUUUACAGCUCCCUUACUUAGAUAGCUUUUAUGAAUAUAGCUUAAAAUUGUUGAGAUACUCCAAUACAACCACGCUAGCUUCGUGGGUAAGGGCAGACUGGAUGUUUUAUUCUUCACACCCAGCCCUGUUUCUUAGUACAUACCUUGGACAUGGUUUACUCAUUGAUUACUUUGAGAAGAAGAGACGGCGCAACAACAACGAUGAAGUCAAUGCUAAUAACUUAGAAUGGUUAUCAAGUCUGUGGGACUGGUACACCAGCUACCUCUUCCACCCGAUUGCUUCUUUCCAGAACUUUCCUAUAGAAUCUGAUUGGGACGAAGACCCUGAUUUAUUCUUGGAGCGGUUAGCUUUCCCUGACCUUUGGCUUCACCCUCUGAUACCUACUGACUAUAUAAAAAACUUGCCAAUGUGGCGAUUUAAAUGUCUUGGAGUCCAGUCUGAAGAAGAAAUGUCAGAGGGUUCUCAAGACAUAGAAAAUGACUCAGACAGCGAGAGCACAGACACUUUUAGCAGUGAGAAGGAAGUAUUUGAAGAUAAGCAAAGCAUAGUUCACCAUUCUCCUGGAAGAGCAAGUCACUGUGAUGCUGAGGCUUGUUCAUGUGCCAAUAAAUAUUGUCAGACCAGCCCAUAUGAAAGGAAGGGGAGGUCAUAUGGAUCCUAUAGCACUAAUGAAGAUAUGGAACCUGAUUGGUUAACUUGGCCUGUUGAUAUGCUGCACUGUACUGAAUGUGUUGUUUGCCUAGAGAAUUUUGAAAAUGGAUGUUUGCUGAUGGGAUUGCCUUGUGGUCAUGUGUUCCACCAGAAUUGCAUUGUGAUGUGGUUGGCUGGGGGCCGACACUGUUGCCCUGUUUGCCGGUGGCCUUCUUAUAAAAAAAAGCAGCCAUAUGCACACCACCAGCCCUUGUCAAAUGACGUCCCAUCUUAACCAUGUGCAAUUUGUCCUUUAUAAGCUUUGAGUAUCUUACAGCUUGCCUUUUAAUGUUAGUCACAAUGUUUUUGUGGUUUGAAGUUUAGUUUAAUGUUAGUGCAGUGACAGGAAAUACCCAUUAUGCUAAUGUUGAUGACAAUUAUUUGGUUGCCUUGUAUGUCAAUUGAAUGCAUAUUUAAUUGUAAAAAUUUUUUAUUUACAACAUUGGAAAUUCAGAAGUUAAUGUUUUUUUGUAAGCACAAAAGAAGUAUGAUAAAAAUUUAUCCUGCAAGACUUUACAAGGUGGGAUCAAAUUCUAAUGGAAUUGAAGUGGUUUCUUAUUCUAAGUGUUUCUUCCCUUUUUACAAUCUCUCUGUCCAGCACCUCUUGGUUAAAUAAUGUAUGCUCUGAGACAUGAAAUUAAAACAGACCUAUGAAAUAAAUUAUUUUAAAAACCAGAAGAUUACAGAUUUUCCAAUGUCAAAUUACUUUUCAUAAAGUAUUUUAUGGGUAUUUUACUGGUUAAUUUCACAGGUAAGUUAAACUUUAUUGCAGUGGAAGAGGCAGGAAGUGGUGGAAAGGGACAAAUUAUGUUAUUAAUUCUGGCCAGAGGUGGUAUUAAUAUAUGGUAACUCAUCUUUUUGUUUGAUUAGCUUUGUUAGGAAGGAAUUUCAUGGCUGCCUUUUAAAAGAUAAUUAAAAUCAUUUAUAUUCAGUGUAUUUAAAUCAACUAGCAUUUUAGCUACAUGUAAUUUAUGUUUUUCCUGACUCUCAAGAAAUUUCAAAGCUAUAGAAAUGUUAUAUAUACACCACAAUGAACUUUCAUUUAUCAGAUUCACCAAAUGCUGAAUUAUGUUUGAAUCAUUUUCUGUAUGUAUAUAUUUAAUUUCUAUUGUUUGGGGUUUUUCCUAAUCUAUUUGAAAAUAAGAUUGUCAUCAUGAGGCAUCACCAUGAACUAUAUCAAUAUAUGUUUUUUGCAAACAGGACAUUAAAAAAAUAAAAUUGCCAUGCAGUUAUCACA